AUGACUCGACAGUAUUCCGUGGCCGAGUUAGUGACCAAGGCAGAGGCGUUAGUGGAUCAAUGUCAACCGGAAUUGGCCGUGCAAUUCUAUGAGAAAGCGUUGCUACAGGAGCCAACGAAGACGUCGCUGUUGGAUUCAAUUGGGGAGCUCAGUACGGAACUUGAUAAUCCCGAACGGGCAUUAUCUGCUUUUCAACAGAGUGUUUCGUUAGCUCCGACUCAGAAUCCAGCCAAAUAUUUCUAUCUAUCACAGCUGGUUCUAGGUGAACAAGCAGAGUAUUAUACAAAGCAAGGCAUUAUGUAUUUACAAGAGGAAUUGCAGCAACAUAUGGACCUGAUGACGCCGGAGGCGCUCACUAUUAAGAAACAAAUCUGUGAUGCUUUAUGCUCGUUGGGGGAGCUCUAUAUGACGGAUUUAUGUGACCAUGAGGAAGCAGAGAGUCGAUGUGAGAAGUAUUUUCACGACGCCAUGACGUUUGAUGUUGGAUUGCCGGAACCGACACAAGCUUUGGCGAAUUUACGACUCGUGCAACAGAAUAAGAACGCAGCUGAUGAGCUACUAGAGGAGACGUGUCGUCGUUUAAAUGAGAAUUGUACAGAGGAAAGUUUACCGUCAUUGGAGUUCCGGACUGCAACGGGCAAAAUGCUUAUUGAGGUGGAGAGGUACGAACAAGCGUGUGAUGUGCUGGAAGGAGUGAUGCAAGAGGACGAUGAGAAUGCCGAGCUCUGGUUUCUUGUGGGCACGUGUUAUCGUGCGAUGGAUGACUUGCCGAACGCACUCGAGUUCUUUGAAAAAUGCCAGACGAUGCUUAAUAAAUUGAAGAAGGACUUGCGCGACGACUUUUAUCUGCAGGACCAGCUUGAGAGCGUUGUUGAAACCAUCGCAGAACUCAAGACCUCUAUUGCUAACCGACCACCGGAGCUUGACGAGGAGAGUGGCAGUGAUGAGGACGAAAGUGCCGUUGGAGAGACGGAAGUAGGAAAGCAGGAUGUGGCGAUGGAGGAAUGA